AUGUACAACAUAAGGUUUGCUGCCAAGUCGUUGAGAAAGAUGCGAAAAGUAGUCUCCAUGUUCCCAAGUGCAGAGCGUUUGCGGCACAGAGAGCUAAGUAUCGCAAGCGACGGGGACGAAGAGAUCGCUAUCCGAAAGUUUGCCGAGUUUGGUCUCUCCCACUGGGGCGACACCCAAGGCGUCAACAUCACCCGUCGAUUCCUCUGCGAAGCCCUCUCAUUCCAACAUCGCUACAUCCCCAUCGGUCUCCUCGAACGUAGGCUGAGAGUUGAGUGUAUAUGA